CUUCAAGAAGGCUUUAUCGUCAAACAGCUUACGGUGGUGAAUUCUCUAGGAAGGGUAAAAUUGGACUGAAACUGCUCUGUCGAAAAGGUGAUUCUUUGAGGAGCCACUGGUGAAGACAGCCAUCUGAGACGAAACUAAAAAUUACACCUCUUACGAUCAGCGUAGACAUGCAAGCCUAUGGAAAGGAGAAGUAAGAGAUUGACGAAGUCGCUUUAUUCGUGCUAAAAAUGUCAGCUGUGGUCAAGAGCCCGAUCUGGCUUCCAAUCUUCCUUACGGAAUUUCUUGUGAUAGUGAUAAUCAACGUGCUCACUCUGAUGGCCUUUGCCAGAAACCACCGACUACGUAAGCGCAGCACAUAUCUGGUGAUAAACCUAACUGUGGCCGAUCUUUUAGUGGGUUGUCUAACUAGUGCUGCGUUCUUGCUCAGCACGGACGAAGAAGGUGUUAUAUGGCGAAACCUCAUCACAUUUGCUGCUUUGGUCACAUUUCCGUUUGCUGCCCAAUCUAAUCUUUCGCUCAUUUGCCUAGAGCGCCUGCACGCGACAGUUUUUCCUUUUAGGCACUGCUUACUUGGAAGAUGGUUUUAUUGUAGAGUCAUAACCGCCAGCUGGAUUAUUUCCUCAGUGAUGGGCUUUGUGGUGGCGUAUUUGUUCACAGAAGGUUCUUAUGCCGCAGAGUUCGCAUACUUGUUGGCUUCGUUUACACUAUUUAAUACCCUUGUCCUUAUAAUCUCCUACAGCAUUGUUACAAUCAAUGUCCAAAAGAGCCCUCAUGCCCAGCAUCUUGGAACAAUAGCCAAAGAAAAAAAGCUAACGGUGACAUUGUUCAUUGUCAUCGGAGUUUCUGUUCUCGCCAUGAUGCCCGUCACCCUUUACAAGUUUCUGCCGAUCGAAAUACAAGAAAAACUAGCUUCAGAUCGUUACCAACACGUCGGCUACGCAAUAGAUGUGAUAUAUUUUACCAGUUCCAUAGUAAAUCCUCUUGUAUACGCCAUAAGGCUGAGGGAGUUCAGAAACACAAUACGAAAACUUUUAGCAAGGGAAGAAGAAGCUGGUUUGGCCCUUGCAUCGCGCACUGCACAAUAAACUGACUUUCAGUAGAAACAGACUCGAGGACAUACUACAAAGAAAAUCACAGGAAAAAUUUUGUGAAAACGACACUGAUAGGAUCAAAAUGGAAAGCGAAGAUUUGUGGAAAGCUGUUUCGUCCUGGCUGGGUCCCCUUCUAACGACGUAUCAGCCUGAAAUAGAGCAGCCUGCACCAACUCUAAUGGUCCAAUGAAUGAAAUAUAACUGUUUAGAUCAGAAUCUUCACAUAUCCCAAACAUAUUUACAGCAUUUUCAUGCAUGGUCCGUUGCCAGACCGUAAGCUAGCGGGUCUCAAAUAAGGUUAGAGCUAAGGCGAGAGAGGUAGUGUCAUCAUACUGCCGCCACUCCUCCUCCCAUUUAAAGCGCUAUCGAAGCUAUUUUGAGCUGACAUUUUCUCUGAAUUUAUGGAUCAAAGUUUUUUCUAUAAUAACCUCUUUUCUUCAAUUUCUACGGUAGCUGGAAACUUGUGCCUUUAAAGCUCCCAUAGAAUUUUCCCAAUUAUUCACGAAACCAAACUCUUUGUGAACGACCUGUUGCAUUUUGCUUUUGCUGCUAAGUUACAUCCACAUGAGCGCUUGAAAACAGAGAUUUCUUUUUAGAAGCUAUAUCUGUGGUCACCGUCCUAAAGGAAAGCCACUUUAUCUUAACAUAAUUUUGUUUUAUCGACUGAGUCGAUAAUGUGAAUUGGCCACUGCAAAGAGUUUCUAAAACUCUUUACAGUGGCUAAGUUACAACGUCUCAACGACGUAGCAUCAGUGUUUAUUUAGACACUCACUCGCUAUUGGGUCGUUUUUAACGCUGGUGAACUGUUAUAGGCGGAAUCAGAAAUUAUGCUGUUCAUUAAGACGAAAGAUUUGCUUUAAAUUUUCGUCAAGUCAGUAAACUGCGGUGCAUGUAAAUGCUUAACACUUUGA